GAAAGAUAAAAUAAAAAUCCAAACUGAAAACAAUAUUGAGAAAAAAAUUAGGUAGUGUAUUAGCACAGCUCAACUUUAUGUUCAAAAUACAGGGUAGCUGCGGACAUGGAAAAUCUGGAAAAUUCAGGGAAUUUAAAAGGUGUCUUCAAAACCUGGAAAACACUGGGAAAUUUACUAACCACUCUGGAUUAGUAAUUUUAAUUUUAAUGUGUUUUUUUAAUUUCUCAAAAUCAAUCGGUAAUAUAAUCUUAAAUUGAUAAAUUUAUAGUUUUUGUUUGUAUAACAUUGAUGAAAAAACUGCAAACUGUUUUUGCAGGAAAAGAUUUUAUGGCUGAAAUGUGUUGAUGAUUACUUACAGUUUAAUAUAUUUAUGUUAUCGUGUGAGAUUAAUUAAUAAGAGAGGGAAAAAAGUUUGGUUGGACAGGGAAAUGGGGGAAAAUCAGGGAAAGUGUAAGCACAAAAAUAGUGAACAAAAGAACUAAAUAUAUUCAGUUUAAAAAGUUUUUAUGCUCAGAAUUGGUAUAUCUUUCAAUCAUACAUUUUUUUAGUUAGUAAUAAUUUUUUUUUUAAUUUCAUGAUUAUCUUUUUUUGGAUUCUGAAUGGUAAAUUUUACAUGUUUUCCACUGGGCAAUUUUUUUUUUUUUUUUUUUUUUUUUCAAUUCCUUCCACAAAUACCAUGUACUAACUAGGCAUGUUUUGACAUUACGUUUUGGUGUAUUCAUCUUUACUGUCCAUUCCAUAGGUUUUUUUUUCUUUAUGAGAAACAGUGUAACCCAGAAUGGUGUACUAUAUCAAAGAUAUUAUGUUGAAUCUAUCUGCCCCUUUGCAAGAAUCAUUCAAAGAAUGAAUAGCUUUGCUAAUUCCUGAUGGGUGUUUGAAAUUGCAGUUCACUCGCUGGAAAUUGCACAAAAACUUGGUGCGAAUAUUGUGAGGUUAAACUAAAGGCAUCUAAAAACAUGGUUGCUUACAAUGGAUGAUAGCAGGUCUUAUGUUAGUGAGUACUGUAGUAAUACUUCGGAGCUGAAUUUUUUAAAUUAUUCAUUAACAUGAAACACAUUUCUAAGUUUGUUUCAUGAUGUUGAUUUCAAGAAGUUAGAGUUAAUUCCGACCUAGACCAAAUUUAUGUUUCUUAAGUUAAAUUCUUUCUUUUGUUUCUUGCCCACAUAAUAAAACAGUAACCCUAACAAAAAUUAAAUAUGGAAACUUACAUUAAAAUCAAAGCAGUACAUAAUUUUCACAAGUAUGAAUUAGUAAAAACAAUUUAUAGAGGUGAUUGCAAAGCAUAAAUUUUCCUGCACAUACCUAACUUGUUUUUCUACACAACAGGCCUGUGAAUAUUACUACAUACAUAUAUCUAGGAAUUUCACUGAUGUGAAGUGAGGCAGUGCAUGGUCAGAUACUAGACCAGUGGUUCUCAAACCUUUUUAACCUUUUAAAAUUCUACAAACAUUUUUUAGGUGCACCUAAUACAAUUUUCUGAGAAAUACUUCGUAAUAAGUCAAACAUUACACGAAAAAACAUGCAAUAAAAGAAUUAGUGAUGGGCCAAAUCAUAAUUUUCUUGAAUCGGAAUCUCGAAUUCAGAUCCCAAAGAGUACCUUAAGUAUACUCGAACUCUACUCUAGGUAUCAAGGGUCAAAAAUAAAAUAUUAUCCAAGAAAUUAGAAAUAUGUGGAACAUUCAAUCCCUGAAUUGUUUGUUUCACAAACUAAGUUUCCUGAAUCAAUAUAUAUUGUAAUUUUAUUUAUAUCAUUACAUUUUAAUUACAAUGUCUCGGGGAAAGGUAACAGGAUAAGUAUAAAGAAAAAAUUGAUCUAGUAAUCUUCAGAGGUUAUGAAUGUUGAAUUUUUUAUUUACUUGAUUUCCUGUAAUAUUUUUCCUCAAAUAUCAUAUUCUUCGAAUACUAAGGAUUUGUUGGUAUUUGAGGAUUUGACUGAACAUUCCAGAGGAGUGGGUUUUGAAUCCUGGCCUAUCCAUCCAGAUCCAUCACGCCGAGUUACUGUUGAGAUUGUUCCAUACUAAAAGCAACUACUGAAUUUUUUUCCAUUUUCCUUGAUUUGUGUUGUAUGUUUCAGUUUGUAAUGAUCUCACUGGGGACAAGAGUAAAGCUCAUUAAAAAAAAAAAAUUGUCACAUAUUCUACAUAAAAACAAAAGGGAAAUUCAUUAGUUAUAAAAUAUGUUUGUUCUAUGGUUACAUAAACAUUGAAAGAUUGAAUUGUGUAUUUGGAAAUUUUUGCAUGCCCCCAGAAUUCUGUUUUUAAAAUAAAUAAAAGCGCCAGUACACUGGCUACAUUCAGCUAUAGUAAAUGUUUGUGUGUGUGUGCUACUUUUGAAGACAUUGCAAUUCAGAUAGAUUGUUUAUUGCCUGGGCUCAAAGAUAGUAUAUGCUGUGAUAAAGUAAUCAAGAUUCAUUUCUACACUCGAGGAAAAUGUGAUUACCUGAGAUAAGAUGUACCAUUGUAGGUAUGGCACUGAUAGCAGGAGAGAUAGUUCUUACAAGCUGCAUAGAGACUGGGAAAAUCUUUUAAUUUCGGCACUGCUGUACCAUGAUGUCAGAUAACUCCGAGGUGGAGCUCCUGAAGAGGAAGGGCCGGGGGCUGAAGCUGGGACGGCUGUUCCUCGGCCGGACGAGGUCGCCCAGCCCGGGCCCCCUGAGUCCCUCCGCGCCAUCGCCGGCCGCCCAGCUGUCCACUUCCCCGACGCAGGCCGGCCCCUGGGCGAGAUCACCGUCCCGGCGCGACGAGGAGGAGCUGAUCCCCAGGAGACACCAGGUGGCGCGCUCCAACACCAGCGCCACAACCUUCACGUUCGACACGCCGGCCGCCAGGGCGCCGGAGCAGAGGAGGACCGUCAGUACUGUGGAGGACCUGCUGAAGUGUGGCAUCUGCCUCCAGAGGUUCUCAGACCCCAAGAUGCUGCGUUGCCAGCACACAUUUUGUGCAGAGUGCCUCCAAGAGCGGAUUAUCUUCGGCACUGGACGCAACAACAUCCUGCUGGCGUGCCCGGCCUGCGGCCACCAGGAGAGGAUGAGCGUCAAGUCCCCGGAGCAGACGCACGCGGCCAUCGGCAGGCUGCCGUCCAACCUCUACAUGAACUCCCUGCUGAGCGUGCUGCAGGGCGCCACGGAGGCGGCGCCACCCGGCGCGGUGCCACUCGGCCCGGCUCCCGACGCCCAGGAGGCGCCCACUCGCUGCUGCAAGUGCCAGACGGCCUGCGACACCAAGAACUGCGCCCACUGCAAGCAGGUGUUCUGCGCAGUGUGCUGGUCGGCCCACGUGUCCGAGCUCCAAGGCCAGCUGCAAGACCUCGAGGAGCAGCUGAGUGACGCCGAGCAGAGACUCCAGUACAGAGCCGAGGACUUCCAAGAACGCUGGCCGCCGUGGCAGGCGCGGUGCCAGGAGCUGGAGGCGGCCAUCGGGGCGGCCGUGGAGGCCAAGCGGCAGGCGCUGGAGGCGGAGGAGUCCCGCCUCCGGCAGGAGCUGGCCCACGUGCUGGAGGCAGCUCGGCUGGACGCGGCUCAGCUCUCCGAGCGCCUGGACCGCGCCGCGAGCGCCGCGCUGGGCGGGGGCGGCGCCGCCCCACACGCCAGCGACCAGAGCAAGGUGGCCGCGUUCCUCUCGCUGCACAAGACGACGGCGGAGCUGCUGGACGAGGUGGCCCACUGGGGGGAGGUCACCCCGGUGCUGGACCUCGAGCUGUCCAAGGUCGACCUGCAGAGCGAAGUGGAGCGCGACGACGACGACACAGAGUGCGACGAGGGGCUGGACGGCUCCAAGCUGCGUCCGGAGCUGAUCAGCGACGAAGAGGACAUGGCUGUGUACUACAGGACCAGGACGUUUGCCGCCCGCAUGCUGCUGGGCAACUCGAUCGUGCACCGCCCCGGGGGAGUGGCGCUGUGCCCCUGGGGCCCGCCCCACCACCUGUACGUGGCCGGCAACGACAACCGCCAGGUGGCGGUGUUCGACCUGGCCAAGGGCCGCCUGCAGAGGCGCAUGUCCGCCCCCAACAUGAUCUUCCCCCACGGCCUGGCCUUCUGCGCCAAGCGCCAGGAGAUGUACGUCACCGAUAAGUGGGGGCACUGCAUUCACGUGUUCGACAAGGAGGGCAGCUUCUGCCGCACACUGUGCUCCCGGGGCCACGGGGAGGGCCAACUCCGGUCUCCCGAGGGCAUCGCCGUGGGCCCGGACCCAGACAACCCCAAGGACGGCAUCCUGCUCUACGUGUGCGACACCAACAACGACCGCUUGCAGGUGUUACGACCUGAAGACGGUUCGAUGGUGCGUCAGAUUGGCAUUGAGAAAGCGAACAGGAAGGAUGGGAAGUAUCUAACAACCGAGUUCAACCAGCCGUCUGGGGUCGCUGUGUCUGGGAACAUGAUGGUUGUGGCAGAUUUCGGAAACUCCAAGGUUAAGGUGUUCUCGACGCUGGGCGCGAAGCUGCUGGACCUGGGCGCUCCGGGCAGCUUCAAGUCGCCCGAGUGCGUGGCGAUCGACCGCCUGGGCUUCAUCCUGGUGGGGGACAGCGGCAACGCCCGCGUGCAGGUGUUCGGCGCCGGAGGGGGCCUGGUGCGCGUGUUCGGCCGGCGGGGCUCCGGGCCGGGCCGGCUGCGGUGGGUGUCGGGACUGCACGUCGCCGACAACAUGGACAUCUUCCUCACCGACUGCCGCAACCACUGCAUCCUGGUGUUCUAGUCGGGACGCCACCGCUCCUCGUUCUGUUCUUGACUUGAUGUAAGUUUUUGGACAUACACCAUUGCUAAGAAAUGCAAUGAAUGGCGUAUGUCCAAAAACUUACAUCAAGUCAUGCACUCCCAUUGCACAAAUCUUUCAAAGAUAAUAUAAUAUCUUCUGUUCUUGCCCCAUGCUUAGUGGUGAAUAGCGAUAAAACCGAAAUAACACCCAAAUGGUAGUCUCAACUGCCUCAUAUUGUCUAUUAAAAUAUACAAGUAAUAAAAUAAAUAUUUAAUUUAUGCUUUGUUUAAAAAAACUAAAAUAUUAUCUACAAAAUAAAAAAAAAUGUUCAGUCUCUCUGAAUAGUUUUUACAAAGUAAAGCAUAGACGUAUAUAGCUACAUAAAUGGCUAGUCACACAGAAAUGUAUAAGUAUGUAUGAUUAUGGGUUUUUAACAUUGCAUAUAGAUUUUUUUUUAUAGAUAUAUAUUAAUUGAACACUUAAGCGUAAUUACAAAAAAAAAUGAAUGUUAUAGUUGGCAGUUUUUUUUAUCAAUAUAUGUAUUGUUUUAUGUAUACAUUUUAAGUGUCUAACCACAAAUUUGCAUUAACUCCCUUGUAUGUAGGUAAAUUGUGGAAUUAAAAUAGUACAGAAAUUGUUAUACAGUGAAACCCAUAUUUGCAUUCUUUGUUUCUCACACAAUACAAUCAAACGUUUCGGUCCUGCCAUUUUCUCCAUAAGAUGUAAGCUAUACAUUAUUAUUUCUCAUGUUGAAGUUGCCCGAAACUCUUGUC